UUCUUCGUUCGCAGCUCGUCCUCCGCGAGGUUGUGGUCCGCUGUAGUUCGCGUGUCCGCUCUCCCCGCGGGUGGACGUCUCUUUAAACUCGCUGCCCGCUUUUAAAAAGCCCGGCUAUGCACCGCGCUAAAGGUUAGAGCGGGUUUGGAUCGCUCCUGUGCUGUUCAGCACCCCGGGGUCGCGCUUAGUUUGCGCCGAAGACCCUCGUUUGGUUACCAAAAAUCUCCCAGAAAUUCCGAGAAUGGAGCGAAAUGGGAAUACCUGUGAGGAUGACCUGCAGGGUGCUGACGAGGAGGAAGAAGUGGACCCCAGAAUACAGGGAGAGCUGGAGAAGUUGAACCAGUCUACAGACGACAUUAACCGCUGGGAGAGUGAGCUGGAGGACUUCCGUCAGAGGUUCCGAGCAGUGCUGGUUGAGGCAACAGUUAAACUGGAUGAGCAGGUGAAGAAGAUCGGGCGAGCCGUGGAUGACUCCAAACCCUACUGGGAGGCCCGCAAAGUGGCAAGACAGGCUCAGAUUGAAGCACAGAAGGCCACUCAGGAAUUCCAGCGGUCGGUGGAGAUCCUGCGGGCAGCCAAGGAGACCAUCGCCCUGGCCGAGGAGAGGCUGCUCGAGGAGGACACCCGGCAGUUUGACUCCGCCUGGCAGGAAAUGCUUAACCACGCCACACAGAGAGUGAUGGAGGCGGAGCAGGCGAGAACGUGCAGCGAAGCAGAGCACAAGAAAACAGCAGCCAACUACAAUUCCUGCAUAAGCCACAUGAGGCAGCUGGAGAAGAAACUGAAACGCUCCAUCAACAAAUCGAGACCGUAUUUUGAACUCAAAGCAAAGUAUUACCUACAUCUGGAGCAAAUAAAGCAUCAUGUGGACGAGCUUCAGACCAAACUUGUGGUUGCCAAAGCGGAGUACCGCACGGCGCUGCGCAACCUGGAGAGCAUCUCAGAGGAGAUCCACGCCCAGCGACGUUCCCUCGCCAUGGGCACCAGGGAGCAGGGAGUUGGAGCAGAAGGGGACGGCGGCAGCGACGACAUCGCCAACUUCAAGAUGGAGUCGGACGGUUUGUCGAUGGUGUCAGUGUCUAUCGACGAAGAGGGCAGUCACAGUAGCAGCUCAGAGGAGGAGGCCGACUCGCACUCCACCUCCUCGCCCCAAGCAACCUCUUCCUCGCCUUCCACCUCUGCCUCCACCCUCGUCGACAUGCCUCAACCUUACUCGUCCUCCUCACUCCGCACCCCUUCCUCAUCCUCCUAUCUCUCCUCCUGUCCCUCUUCCUCUUCCAUCCUGUCCUCCUCUUGCCCCACCGGUGUCCUGGAGGUAGCGAGCCCCUGUGGCUCUCACAGCCCAGACUCAGUGUGCAGUUCCGGGCAUGCCUCGCCUCUCCUGGGCCCUCGCAGCCAGUGCAGCGGAGCCUCCUCUCCAGACUGCGACCAGGAGAGAGGCGACAGAGCAGAAGGAGCAGAGGCGACACUGGAGAGCGGUCUGAACAAGCUGACCUUGAAUGUAGCGCAAGAACGAGAUGAGGAUCCCGCUGAUGAGCGAGACCCCCAUUACAUUAACCCCGAAAUCACAUCUCCCACCUCCGCCACGUCCAUCCUGCUCCUCAACAGCGUGUGACGAGGAUGCGUCGUGGCGCGAACACUCGCCAUGCGCAGCUUUAAGACUCAGUGGAUUCACUGGCAGAAGACACAAUGGGAGGAGAGUGAAGCGCUGCACACCCGCAUGACUUUGUGUCUCAUUCGUUGUGUUGUCUAAACAUCAGUGCUGUCACGUGGAAGGUGCUGCGCGUAGCGUGUUUAACAUCUUUCAUUACAAACAAAUGAAAUCAGGGACAGGAUGACUGAUGGACUGAGUGUCAGCACUGCAUUUUCCCUGGACCCUCCCCUUCCCUCCUGCUCUGUAAUUGCCACAGAAGACAAAGUUCUUCUCAUUUUGUGCCAAAAAAACUGUGUAUUACGACUGUGUGACAAAGUUCCUCUACAGACUGUGGAAGACGUUGGUGAUUUCAGUUGUGUUUUAACAUGUUCACGGGUCAUGCAGCGAUAUUUCCAAGGUAACACAGGAAACUUUAAUAGUUAACCUGCUACUGUUGGCACCGGUAACAUGCAUUUCAUUAUUUUGAACAGCGUUACGCUCCUUUCUUACUCCAUGUCUAAAUUCUUGGACUGAUUUGCAGGUCAGAUACGGGGGUCAGUUCAUCCUUAUUUUUACCCUCCAUUUAAGCCAGCUUUCCUUUGAUUGGUUGCCACAGAACAAACAGGUUUGUGGACCUAAAAUAUCCCCUUUCUGUGACAUCAUAAUCUUAAACAUAGUGUUUGAAACAAUCUGAAUUAAUCACUUUUACCUAAAUUGAACUAAUUUUUUAAAACUUUGGCCCACCGCUGUAAUAGUAUUUAUAAAGGAUAAUAGGUCCCCUUUAAGUGAGGGUCAAACUGGGACAAAGACGAGCUGUCUCCUGAAGGAUUAGUCCAUUUUCGAACCCCUCCCUUCUACUCCUGUUUAUUCCAAAUGAAGAACGACGGCGUCGGCUCUGGAGAGCAGAAGAAGGUCCUCGAGUGCAGGCGACGCUCUGAACACUAAAGAGACUUCACGUGGGGGACCGAGCCCUGUUUUUGAGGCAGAACUGGUCUUCCAUUUGGAUUUGUGAAUGAGUGACUGAAUGUGUGUCAAGUGCAAACCGCACUGUGACGUCACCGGUUUGCACGGAUGUGUGAGCGAAUGACUUUUUGAAUGCGUGUCUUGUGUUUUUUGACAGAUCCUACCCUGUAGUACAAAUACUCUAUAUUUAUACUCCUGUAUUCUUGUAUAUGAACGAUGUCGUGUGGUUAUCGUUGUAACUGUUUAACACCAAAUAAGCAAUAAACACGUACUUCAUCUAA